AUGAACUUAGCGGUAAAACUCACCAACAAUGCUAUUCGGUCAAUAUCAUUUGCAAAUGAUAAAGUCAAGGGUAAGAAAAGAAUGGAGGAGUCUGUGAGAAAGAACUACAGCGAGAGGGGCGGUAAGGGCCAAAAAGUGAUAAGAAACUUUGGGGCUCAGACACAGACAGCAGAAAAGGACAAGGGAACUUACCCUAGGUGUGACAAGUGCAAUAAUUACCAUGGCGGGAGAUGCAUCAUAUGUCUCAGAUGCAACAAAGGAGGUCAUUUCGCUAAAGAUUGCAGGAGCGGAAGGAGACGAACAUGCCCUGAGUGGGGAAGCCCAGAUCACUUUAGGAAUACAUGCCCGAGACUGAACGGAUGGCUAGUUACUAACUUAGCACGACCAUUCAACCAAGAAAAUCAAGGAGGCCAAGCACGAGGUCGAACGUUUGAGAUUGGGGUAGAAGAAGCCAGGCAAGACUCGAACGUGGUCACAGGUACAAUCCUUCUAAACAAUCAUUACGUAUCUAUAUUAUUUGAUUCUAUAGCAGAUAGGAGCUUCGUGUCACUAGAAUUUAGACCAAAGAUUUGUUUAAAGUCGCAAAAGCUGAAAGAAGAUUUCGUUAUCGAGUUUGCUAAUGGACAAGAAGUUAGGACAAAAGACGUAAUCACGAAUUGUACCUUACGUUUAGCUGAACAAGACUUUAGCAUAGACCUUAUUCCGAUCAGAUUAGGAAGCUUUGAUGUAGUUGUGGGGUAUGGAUUGGCUAUCCAAAAAUCGAGCCGAGAUAUGUUGUUCUGA